AUUAUUAGGGUUCCCGUCUCUUCUUUCUCUCUCUUCGCCAUCAGUCUUACCUUCAGGUUUUUGGUUAUGAUUCAGUUUUGACAAUCAGGAAGUGAAAUUUUGUGGUUUUGUUUGGUUAAAUUUGCGGUAGGUAGCUAUGAGGUGGUUUAGAGCAGGGGCUGGUGUGGCAAAGCUUGCCGUUAGGAGGUCGUUAUCGACUAGCGGAUCCUACAAUGUGACAAGGAGUGUUGUUCCGGCGCAGAAUCGGUACUUGCACACCACAAUAUGCAAGUCCAAGGCGGAGGCUGCGCCGGUUCCUAGGCCGGUGCCGCUUUCUAGGCUUACUGAUAGUUUUUUGGAUGGGACCAGCAGUGUGUAUUUGGAAGGACUUCAGAGGGCCUGGGAAGCUGACCCCAAUAGCGUUGAUGAGUCGUGGGAUAAUUUCUUUAGGAACUUUGUGGGGCAGGCCUCUACGUCGCCUGGGAUUUCGGGGCAGACUAUUCAGGAGAGUAUGAGACUGUUGCUGCUUGUGAGGGCUUACCAGGUUAAUGGUCAUAUGAAGGCUAAACUAGAUCCUUUGGGCUUGGAGCAGAGGGAUAUCCCCGAUGAUUUGGACCCUGCGCUAUAUGGGUUCACUGAGGCUGAUCUUGACAGGGAGUUCUUUUUGGGGGUUUGGAGGAUGGCUGGGUUUCUUUCUGAGAAUCGUCCAGUGCAGACCCUUAGGUCCAUAUUGACUCGGCUUGAGCAGGCCUAUUGUGGGAGCAUUGGGUAUGAGUAUAUGCAUAUUGCUGAUAGAAACAAAUGUAACUGGUUGAGGGAUAAGAUUGAGACCCCUACGACGAUGCAGUAUAACCGGCAGCGCCGUGAGGUUAUUCUUGACAGGCUUAUUUGGAGUACACAGUUUGAGAACUUCUUGGCUACUAAGUGGACAACAGCAAAGAGGUUCGGGCUUGAAGGUUGUGAAACUCUCAUUCCUGCUCACUGUCGGAGUUUGGUGUUCUUGGAUUUGAAUUGGGUUACUCGAUGGAGAAUCCAAAUGCAUUGGUGAUUUGGGAAGCUC